AUGAAACAAGGAUUAGAAACAAUAAAACGUGAACAUGGCCGAAAAAAAUUAUCUGAUGGUAAAACAAUUGGUGGUAAAAAUCGUCUAUCUGUUCAUAAUAUACUUCGAUUACAAAUGACAUUUGCCUCCACCAUUCGAAAAUCCAAGCAUGAUCUGGAUUUAUUAUUUAAAGGAUCUUGGGCAAUAUUUUGGCAUAAAUAUUCGACCAAUGAUGAUCCUCAUCAUGAUUAUUGCAGUAUCGAUUGGUGUGGCUAUUUGAAAUGUGUUCGUGAUAAAACUCCAUAUGAUCAUACAUCACAUGCUUUAUCUCGUCCUGUACUUGAUGCAAUUAAACCCGUUUUUAACAAUCUGUGUUCACGGGAAAGUCUUGCACGUGUGUUGAAUGCUUCAACUCAAAAUCCAAAUGAAGGUUUUCAUUCACUUGUUUGGCUUAUGUCACUAAAACACAAGGCUUCAUCUGGGACAACUUUCGAAAUUGCACGUUGCCUUGCAAUAAUAAUAUUUAACGAUGCAUAUUUUGCAUUGGGAGAUAUUUUCAAUGCUAUGUGUGGUUAUCGUAGUUAUUAUACUGAUCAAGCAAUGGCACAUUUUGAUAACAAUCGGCUGCAUACAGAAUCAAAAGAAAACAACAGAAAAAGAAGAAAAGAAGCUGGUCGUGUUUUGAUUCAAAAUGAUGAUGAAGAAGAGGACAAUGAUGCAAUAAUUGAUGGUGCCGAUCAAAUAGAUGAUGAUUAUAAUGAUACAAAUCCUGUGACCGAAGCAACACCUGAGAAUAAUGAUACAACAACUGAUAGUGACGAGCAUGUUACUGAUGAUAAUGAUACAAUAUCAAGUAAUGAUGAGUCAUUAGAUGAUGAUUAUGGUUAUUAUAAUUCCAAAGAUAAAAGAACAUGGAUAGAAGAACAAUAA